AUGUUGGAGUUCACACAUGCCCAGAGACUCAAAAGUGCAUCCGCCAUGUCUCAUCAUCGUAGUAAUGGUUCUUCGAUACACAAGUCACGCAAAUAUUCGUCAUCAUACUAUAAGCAUUUACCAGAGAAUCGCAAUGAAUCUUCCGACCUUGGACAGUCUUCGGGGUCAGAUGACGAUGAACACAAGUCAGACGACACUACAGAAUCUUUGUCAGAGCUUCCCGAUUCCGAGGUCGCUGCAGACGACUCUCCUCAACCACCUCAACACCCCAAGCCGCAUCAGUCGGACCCCAACGCUCAGCAGAAGCAUGGUCGUUUAUCAGCGCGGCGGACAGCCGCUCAUCGUCCGUCCGCCGGGCCAGCGCGAGGCGUCGUGCAGCGCAGCCUGGAAACGACGCAAGAAACACACAGCGCUUCGGUGAAAACCCACCGCUCAAAUGAAGGCGCUCGCGAGGCCACCUUAACGAAGAACUCCCGGAAAGAAUCUCGACGCGUAGUGAAAGAAACGUGGCAGCCGAGCCACAUGAAGAGUCAUGGGCGCACGAUUUCCGUGUGCUCGAAGCAUCCGCUGUACAAGCCGGACAAAGCAGAGAAGGAGAAAAAGGAGCAGUACAUGGUGGUGUUUGCGCCGGGAGGUCGCUUUAUACGCAAACAAGCUCCCCGAGUGCUCCGUCUAAAACUCGCCACAAGAAAAGGAAAAGCCUCGACUUCCAUCUACAACUACAAUGAAGAAUUAAAACAUCAAAUUCAUCGCUUAAAACAC